AUGAGCUUUGAAGAUCUUGAAUCGGGCCGGGCUUUGACUUCACAUGCAAGCCUGCAACAAGAUCCUUCUCGAGCCCUUGCUGCCGGCGUCUUCCGAAUCAACACCGCCGUCGCAGCCUAUAGACGCCUAGUUAACAGCCUUGGAACUCCCAAGGACACUAUUGACCUGCGCCAGAAACUCCACAAGACUAGGCUACAAAUUGGGCAGUUGGUGAAAGAAACGUCCGCGAAGCUUGAGCAAGUUAGAGAAACAGACCGGUUCACUGAAGUUAGUGCCAGCAAAAAAGUUGCUGAUGCUAAGCUUACAAAAGAUUAUCAAUCUGUUCUGAAAGAUUUUGAGAAGGCUCAGAAGCUUGCAGCAGAAAGGGAAACUGCAUAUGUUCCCAAUGGAAAUCUUUCAUCUAGAAAUACAGCUAAUGAGAUGGAGAUAAUAUCGUCCAAGAGUCCUGAGCAGAUUUCUCUUCUUGCAGAAUCCAAAAGACAGGAGGUCAUACAUUUGGAGAAUGAGAUAGUUUUUAAUGAAGCCAUUAUUGAGGAAAGGGAGCUAGGUAUCAGAGAAGUUCAGCAGCAGAUUGGCGAGGUCAAUGAAAUCUUUAAGGAUUUGGCUGUGCUGGUUCAUGAACAGGGGGCUCUGAUUGAUGACAUUAAUUCAAAUAUUGAGGGCUCCCAUGCUGCAACUGCACAAGCUACUUCGCAACUUACCAAAGCAGCCAAGAUCCAAAAAUCUAAUUCAUCUAUGACCUGUUUGAUGCUGCUUAUUGUUGGGAUUGUUCUUCUUAUAGGAGUUACAGUUUUCGUGGUGUGA